AGCAAAUCGCGUUAGUGGCUAGCCUUGGCCUCAUAACACAACAUACAGCAAUGUCGGGUUACACCAAGGACAUGAACGACAGCCAUACCGAGGCGGUUCCGUUUCAUGAGCCAGAUCUCAUACCAGAAUCAUCUCUCUCUGCUUUGGAGAGAGAACAACGUCGUCACGCACAGGAUCACAUUUUGGACAUGCUUGAAGAAGAGGAACGAUUGCAAUUAGAAAGAGACCAAGAAGAAGAAAAGGAGAGGCGGAUGGAGGAUAUCCGUAAACGCAAGGAAGCUGCGAAAACAGAAGUGGAGCGGUUAAGAGCAGCCAAAGAAAUGCAGAAGAAAAUGGGCAAGGCCCUGCUGAAAAACCUUGCAGAAGCUAGGGAAAAGGAGGAACGAGAGCGGAGAGAACUCAUCGAAAAGGAUUCCUCCAAACCGGAACUGUUACAGUUUGCUAAUCCCAGCUCGCCGGAUGAAUUGUCUGCUACGGGGGAGAGUCGGAUCACUGGAUCACCUAUUGAUUGGGGAGAUAUCUCACCUGCAAGACUGCGGUCCGUCGAUCGAGUUCCCCUUCGGAACAGAGCGGAUACAGAGCGACAUCCUAUGAAAAUGCACGUAGUGGAGCGACAUCCAACUUCGUACACACCGGAAUCGGAACCUCAGCCUGAAGGUGAUUCGGACGAUGAACCUCUUUCCACGACGUCUUCGGCUCCCAAUGAAGAUGGAAAUAUGCUACACGAGUCUCACACUUCAGGCAGUGACGACGACGACGACGACGACGAAUCUGAUGAGGGCUUGCUCGAAGAGGAAUACGAUUGGAAUUCUGCGCAGCACCACCGAGAAGUGGCCCUGGCGUAUUAUAAGAAGCGUCAUGCUAUUGGUGUAGAUGCUGCUCAAGCGAUGACUUCGCACACGCAUGAUGACGAAGAAUGGAACGAAGGAUGUAUUCCCCCAGAUCAGCGCCCGAAACCUAGCGUGUCGCGCUUCAGGGCUGAUCGUAUGGCCACAGCAUAUGACAGGUCUACUUCUACUUCGCUUGAACCAUCAGUUAUCCCAGCCUCUCGACAAAAAUCCUUGCAAGAAGCGAUUCGAUUGGGAAAAGUUGAAAACGACCAUCUUGUUGGCGGCGAGGAGGGGGAAAGCGGGAGUGAGGAUGAGGCUGUCCGAGAGAUCUUGGAGCUUCUGAGCAAUGGAGGCAUUCAUAAUGCUGGUCCCAACGUUGCCCGACAAAAUUCUGAAGGUCCGGUAUUGUCUACACCUGCGCCGUCGGAAGAGCCUGCUACGGUGCCAUCAGUUCCAGCUGCCCCGAAAACAUCAAAGUUCAAGAUGGCACGAAACACUCUUACCUCAGAUCAACCCUCCAAAUCGCCCGCUCCAUUGCCACUGUCACGGAAGGUUGUUGAGCCACCCGCUAGCGUGCCACCAAUUCCCUCGAAGGUCGUCGAAUCGCCAUCUUUUCCUUCGGUGAUCGUGGACUCCCCUUCUUUUCCGCGCAGAAAACAGCUUUCAUCUGACCCUGACACAAGCCGUCCACAACGCCCCCCAGUUGUUAUGCGCUCGACAGUAACGGAAGGUUCUGCGAGGAGUGCGGCAGAUACAGUCGCCAAGGUUCCGGAGGGAAGGAUAUCUAGGUUCAAAGCAGAGAGGAUGUAAAAUGUACACGAUACAGGGGUCAUUAUAUAAGCAAUUCCUUGAGUUUAC